AUGCAGUUCUCUACCGCCACCAUCAUAACCGCCGUCUUUGCUUCUCUGGCUCUCGCCAACCCCGUUCAGCUUGAGUCUCGCCAGGACCAUUCCAAGGUCUCCUCCUUCAGCGAUGACCUCUGCACGAACGGCGAGCAGGUCUUUGAGGUGACCGGCGUUGGGGCACGUCGCUGCAUCCCGAUCUCCAACAAGCGCUCGAUCAAGGUCGCUGAUAAGCGUGGUUGCACAAUCAAGACAUGGAGUGGUUCCAACUGCGGGGGCAGUGACUUCACUCUUCCCGAUGGCGAUCUUGACUGCCAUUCCAUUCUCCACGCCGCGGUGGAAAUCAUUUGCUAG